AUGUUCAGAAUUGGAGGAGUGCAGUUUCAUAAUUGCGCGGCCGCACCGAGUGGUUCUUUGCCAGUCACUGACAUACAAGAACCCCACGUCCAGAGCAUUUGCGAAAGAGAUCAGCUCAUGGGAGACUCCGGAAACGUGCGGAAUGCAGACCCCUCCAUAGUCCGCGCGCUGAGGCCGUCCCACAGCACGGACUGCCCGUGGUUUGCUGCUGCUGCUGCAGCGCAGCAGCAAACCCGCCAAGCAGCCCACAAUUCAGCAGCAGCAGCAGCAGCACUGCAGCAGCAGCAGCACGGCAGCAGUACUGCGGCAGGUUUGCAGCAGCAGCACUGCAGCAGCAGUAUUGCAUCACUAUUGCAGCAGCACCACUGCAGCAGCAGCAGCACCACUGCAGCAGCAGCAGCAGCACUGCAGCAGCAGCAGCAGCAGCAGCAGCAGCAGCAGCAGCAGCAUACUGUCAAAGUCUUGGAGGCUGGCUGCAGCAAACAGCAGCAGCAGCAGCAGCAGCAGCAGCAGCAGCAGCAGCAGCAGCAGCAGCAGCUGACGGAAGGCUCUGCGCUGCUGCGGAGGCGCCUGUUGGCCCAGAAGACUGCGUCGGGGAUGGAGAGGAAGCAGCGCUCGGGAGGCAGCACUUGGUAG